UGGAGUAUGCGGGGCAGGUGCAGUUCGAGGAGCGGGAGGACACCAAGGCCUGCCACCGUCACCAUCAACGACGACGACGUGUUCGAGGGCACGGAGAGCUUUUCCGUAGAGCUCAGCAUGCCGGCCUACGCCCUGCUGGGGAACGUCACCCGGGCCACCGUCACCGUCGCGGACCCCGAGGACGAGCCCACGCUGCAGUUUGACGGGAACGCCUUCCACGUCAGCGAGAGCGCCGGCUUGCUCUCGGCUCCCGUGCAAAGGAAAGGGGAUGCCAGCAGCACCGUGUCUGCAUCUGCUACACCGUCCCCCAAUCGGCCAAGGGCAGCAGCCUUCACAUGCUGGAAGCAUGAAGUUUGCUGUAAUGUUGUUACUCAAAAUUAGCUGAUAUGUUUAAAGGAAGGCUGAUCAGAGCAGAGGAGGAAGCGCUGGCACUUGGCAGAGUCAAGUCCUCCUGAAGGAACAUA